UUCUUCUCCUCCUUAAAUUGCCUUCCAAUAUCCUUCGUCAACUUGCGCCUAAUCCUCUGGAUCUCAAAAUGCAAAUAAUAAUUAAAAUCUCAAAACUCAUCCUCAUUCAUCCAAUGUUCUGGAGAAUUCUGGGCUUUGUGUCGAGCAUAACUGCAUUCACCUGUUUUGCCUUGAGUCCCUCUUUCUAUGACUUGUUUGGGAGGUGGAACCUGCUCAAAGGCGUCGUCUACGGUGUCGCUAGUUUGAUCCUAACCAUCUUGAUGCUACUUAUCGAGAAAUGCAGGAGAUUUUCAAGGCCAGUUCUGGUGAAAGCACAUGUGGCUUUCCUGGUUUUGAUGCUCACCUCCCUCUGUUCCAUCUGGCAAGACCGAGUUAGCCAAAAGGAGAACAACGCGCGUGGCAGAAUCCUAAACCUCUGUUCGUUUGGGGCAUUUGGGUUGAUGUCGCUCAGCUUGUCAAGACAGCUUCAGCUUGGAUUCGAAGUGGGUAUCUUCAAUUUCUUGUUUGGGAGUUUCUUGGUGCUGCUGAUGAAGAUCAACUUCAAACUGGCCCCACUUGCAGCAAUCUUGUGCUACGUCUUUACAAAUAUCCGAUCCUUCUCAGAUUUUUUCAUGGAAACCCGUGGCCGUGCUGACUUUAAUGACACGCUACUUGAAGAUAUGGAGAUCGGUUCCGCAUCUUACAUUCCUUCUCACAAAACCUCCAACAAGAGCCAGAUAUCCUAUGGCGACUUGAUAACUCUCCAUUUUUAGCUCAUUUUGAGUGAUAGUUGGAGAGUUGAGAUCUUGUGUUCUGGGUACAUGAGAAAUAAAAUCAUAAUUUUACCU